AUGGAUUCUGAAGAUAUUAUGGAACCUUCAACAAGCGAUAUUACGGAUAAUCAACAAGUAUUAUUUCAAAAGAAAAGUGGACGUCCAAAAGCUAAAAAUUGGUUAAGAGGCAAACCAAAAGUAAUGGAAAGCCACCUUGCAUUGCAUUGUAAAAAGGUUUCUGAUUAUGUUAGUAAUAUGUUUCUUCGUGAGAUAGCUGAAAGAGCUGAAAGAUUUAUUCCAAAUGAUAGUGACGAUGACAAUGAACCAGUUAGUGAAGAGCGCAAAAAGCUUAUAGACUGUACUCUUUUAAUAGCUUUUACAUGUUGUGGUAUACUAUGGGCUAUUAUUGAUAAUUCUUUUUUUAUAAAUUUGAUUAAACUAUUAGAACCUGGUUAUACUCCUCCUCAUCAACAAACAUUAUCAGGUCGUUUAUUAGAUGAAGAGCUUGCAAUAAUUUCUAUUAAAAUAAAUAAAUUUUUGUUAAAUCAAGAUUAUUUGACUUUGUCUUUUGAUGAUUGCAAAGAGUAUUUAAUCGCUAUUCAGGAUUAUUCUUUGGAUUCUCAAAUAGGUACUUUUAUUGCAGAUAAAAUAAGUAUAAUUAUAGAAAAAGUAGGAUCAUCAAAAUUUUCAGCUAUAGUGUCAGAUAAUGGGCCAAAUGUUAAAGUAGCACGUCAGAUCACUAAUGAAACUUACCCACAAAUUAUAAACAUUCAAUGUAUAACUCAUUGGUUUAAUUUAAUUUCUAGUGAUCUUGCUAAUAUUUCAUCAAUUAAAGCUACUUUAAUAAAUGCAAGUUUAGUAAUUAAUUUCUUUAAAAAAUCUUAUAUUGCUAGCUAUUUACUUCGUGAUAGAAUUAAAACUAUGAAUAUACAGGGUAAAAAUCUAGAAUUGUUUGUUAAAACUUAUUGGGCCUUAGCAUUUAAUAUUGCAGAUUCUAUAAUUUGA